GUAAAUUUUACUGUCAAAGCUGUUUCUUAAGGUAAAAUUAGGCACAUUUGCAAUUGGCUAAAGCUACGGUCUGAAUUAGCAGUUAACGUCAAAGUUUGCUAGCUUAUCCACUUACUUGCAGCUUAAGUUUGAGCUGUAAUGGAGUAUUGAGGAAUCACGGGCGACUUCAGAAUGGCGUUUGAUGGGCAUCAGAGCACAUUUGCAGAUUCACUCUUCCAUACAUACCAGCGUCAGGCAAAUGUUAAUGUGGGAGGUGAAAGUGGUGGUGCAGUAGCAGUCCCCUUCAUUUCCAUCCCCAGUGCCUCACAGGACACUGCAUCCUUUGCGCCCUGGUCUCACAAUAGUCAGGAUGAUCCUUAUGAACUCGUUAGAUGUAUCCAGAUCAGCACUAAAAUCAGGAAACCCUUCGAUAAUGCUGAUUGUGAUGGAGAGACUGAUCUGCAGGGUCUAGUGUCAAAUAUUUUGGAUGAAGCAGAUUCACAGGAUAGCUACAACACUGAAGGGACCCUACCUACAUGCAAUCCCAUCUGGUCUCCAAAGACACUGAGAGAAGAACUGCUACAAUACUUUCAAUCCGAGGCUAAAAUGCAGCAUAACCCUUCCUUUACUCCAAACCAUGUCUCCCAGGAGAGUUUCAGUAAAACACAGCAGCUGUCAGCAGACAGAGAUGUCGAAGAGCUCAUGCAACAGUCCAGUGACGUUGCUUCCAAUCAACAGUGGCUUUUUAAUAGGGACAUCUAUUUCCCAAACUCUCAAAAGCUGCCACCAGGUCUACCAAUGUCCAACACAGGAAGCACAUACCAAUCACAGAUGCAACAAAACAAACAUGUCAGCAUGUCCUCUUAUAAUAAUACAGGAAAUGGUCAGCCUUUUAAUAAUUUUCCUGACAGUGACAUCUGUAGACCUCAAAGUGAAAUGAACACUCCCUGCUUUGAAUCUUUUUAUGAAGAUAACUAUAACCAGGGCAACGGAAUGCCAAUUGGUAAUGAGCAGAGUGUACCAGAAGACAUUAACCAGCUGGUCAGCGGUUUUCAGUCAUUCAUGGCACAUGGGCAUGAUGGCAUAUAUUAUGGAGACUUGACAAACAUGCAGAAGCAGAUGGUGGGUGUGCAGCAUGAAGACAACAUGGCUGAACAAUGGAAAAUAACCAGUCCUACAAUGUCAAGACAAAGUUCUCCUGGAAUUCAGAUCCCAAAACAGCUGGGAGAAUUGGGAACAGUGCAGAGGGAAAGAACAAGAGGAGUGAGCAAACAAACAUUUAAACAUGAUGGCUUUCAAGAGCUACCUGAUUUCUAUCCUCAAAGCGCAGAGUAUUUCCAGCAGCCAAAGCAGUUCCCUGCGCUUUUAAACCUCCCAAACCAUUAUCACAACAAGAUAAUGCACAGAGAGAACAUCAAUAUAAGCACGAACCAGUAUUCAAAGCAUCACAUCCAGCAUAGUCGGCUGCAGAACAAGACAAAGCCACAAGUGCAGAAAGAAAAAAAGAAAAUGCAAGCAAGUGGAUUUCAAAGAGAGGGCUUCACUAGGAGGCCCCAGUUCAACCUUCCCAUGAGAGGGGGAGAUGGACAGCUCCCCUCACAAAACCCGUACUUUGAGUUUCAGGAGAACAUGCAGUCUAAGAGAUUUGAUAGAGAAAACAGCAUGGGCAGUGCAGGGAAUGUACCGCAGUUUAUGCCUUUUAUGAAUCCUGUAAAUGACCCCAGGAGGUACUCAGGCAUGCCCAUCAACUCUAUCUUCAGCACUAGAUCUACACUACCUUAUGCAAGUAGUUUUCCUGGCAUGGAUGUGGGUGAUGUGAUGUCACCUAAUGAACCUGCAGCUUUCAAAUCCUAUCACAGUGGCAUGAGGACCCACAGAGGGGAGAACACCUAUUAUGGAAUGGCAUCAGCAAUGACAACUUCAAUGUUCAUGAAUCAUGGAGGACAUGUGAUCCAGCUUUACUUCCACCUGGAUCAGUGUUAUGAGCAGUGGAGGUGUUUGGAGAAGGAGAGAAAGAGGACAGAAGUCAUCCUUACAGAAGCAUUUCUUGAGAAAAGGACUCCUGGAGUGACCAAUAGUAACCUGCCCAAAACUCCACCAAAUCCCAGUGGUGUCGACCAUCUCCUUGUUAAUCAGACAAGAGAGCAAGCAAAGGUGGCGAAUCUUCUGGAGAGAAUGGAGUGUCUGUGUGGCACUCCCCUUCCCAAGAACAUCCACGCAGCGCUGAACAGGCAUCACAUGGCCAUUUGGAUCACGCAGUCAAGAUUCAAGGAGGAGAUUGUGAACAUGACCAAGCACCAGUGGCAGAGACUUCAUUUCAUGAAGGACAGAGAUGCCAUGUUAGUGAGCAUGGCUCUAAAGGACCUAGCUACUACCACUAGGAAACUCCGCACAGCUCUGUGGUGUGCCCUCCAGAUGACGCUACCGAACCCCAUCAAGACCCAGGAUCAUCAUACUAACAAGGAGGACACAAACAAAGAGAGGUGCCCUUCUCCAUUUGAAGGAUACUCUUUUAGGUUAUAAUUCUAGCAAGAAAAAGUAUGAGUUAAAGGUACUGAUAAAGUCACCUCACAGCGCCCUGCCUGAAAGUGUUCCAACAGUAUUACUUAACUGAAAGUCAGUGCCACGUUUUAUCUGCAAUGCAAUCAUCACUGCAGAGUAUGAGAUUAGCAAUUUAAAGAUGUUCGAUAGCUUUAUUAUUUGGAAUUGGAAGGCUUUUGUUGUGUAGGAAUUGCAUGAAAUGUAAUCUAUCCUGCUGCAUCUUAAUUUCAUUCAAUUAGUGUCCAACCCAAUCAACAUAAAUCAACAUAAAUCAACAUCUCACACCAUCACUGUUUUAUUUAAAGGAACUAUUUAUGUAAAAGAUUUCAGUGAAUUCUUCAUUGUUUUAUUUAUUUAUUGGAAUGUAAUAGAACCUCAGUACUGGGUAUUCCUAAGCAAUAAUUUAAUCUCAAAGGCAGUAGUUUAAAAUGAACAUACUGCUAAUUAAAAUGUUUUCUGAAAUGUUCUAAUUAAUUUCAGAAGCUUCAGUUUUUUUCUUCUGCAAUCAGAAAAAAAAUUUAAUCUGCAAUUUGGUGCAUCUAAUACUCAAAUUUCUCGGGGGAAAAAAAAUUACAUUUAAAUAUUUUAAUCACACUUCCAACUUAGAAACCAUAGUACUAACAUAUUCAUAUCAGUGGGAUGUUAAAUAUAAUAUCGGAAUGCAGUGUAGUGUUCAAAGACUUGCUCCGUAUAAAUAGAACUUUUGUUUUUGGUUAAAUGUUCCGUUUGGUUUAUAACACUAAUUUUUUUGCUCUCUACUGUAAUCAUAAAAGUUUUAGCUGAAAUUUGGUCUUAAAAGUGUAAAGAUGGUGAAACUUUAAAGGUUUAGGUUUUAAACAUUUAAAUGUAUUAAUCACUUUAACAAAUACUAUCAGUGAAUUGACGGUUUGUCAGCAAGGGACCAAAACGUGUUGCAAAGCUAAGACAAUUCUCUGGAAAUAUUAAUUUCUGGACUUACUGUAAUCGAGGUUGUUUCAGUCCCUGUUAUUUUAGUGUUUCUGUUGGACUUUUUUCUUGUUACUUGUUCUUUGAACUGAAAAACCAAAAAUAAAGCAGUUUCAUUGCUGAAAAUGUUGUUUAUUUAAAAAGAUGAACCUCAAACAUUCAAAGUGAUGGUACAUGGAUAUAUUUGAGGUAAUUUAGCAACUGCUCCAUUAUUAAUGUAUAGACUUCUGACAGCAGCACUUGCCUUUACUUAGAAAUUGUUCAGAAAUGAAAGGCAUUUGGAAGAUGGUGGCACAAAGGACAGCAGACCUGACUGUUGUUACAAGUAUUAAUCAGAUUUUUUUUUUUUUUUUCUCUUCAUGAUCAGUCCAGUUUCUGCUUCCGCUGUAGGAUUUCAUCAAUUAAGAGUCAACUUUCUAAGUUUACUCUUACCCAAGCCAAAGCAUGUUGCAUAUUGUCACCUUGUUAAAAU